CUUUUCUGUUCACUAGUUGUGGAAAUCUUCAGUAAACGUGCCGGCAUCUUUUCUCGCAAGGAAAAAUUCCCACAAAAACUGUGAAUUUAUUGAAUUUAAACCAAUUUUACUUUAAGGAGAUUUAUAUUUUUAGAUAAACCAACAAAAUGUUUUGGGGUCUAAAUUUGAAACCUAACCGUAAAUAUUCGCAAACCACGGAGAAAUCCUUCCACAUUUCCCAAGCGGCUUUAGAUUCAGAAUCUUCUCAGGGUGGUCCUACACAAAUUUUCAUUAGCAGUGAAAAUCAACGGUUUUUGGUGUGUACUUUACGUAAAGAUGUUUGCGAACAAGUAAUGUUGGAUUUGAACUUCAGCGAGGGAAAUGAAAUAUGUUUCCAAAGCAUUGGUAGCGGCAAUGUUACUUUAUCCGGUUAUGUGAUGGAAGAUAUGGCUGAUGAUUUCAUGAAUGGCGAUGAGGAAGAAGAGGAAGAUGUUGAAUCGGGCUCUGAAACUGAAGAAGUCGACCUACGCAAUGCACUAAAUGCUAAAAAAGCCACAAAAAAUAAGAAGGCCGACAAGGGCAAAGUUGCUGCUAAGGCUGUAAAGGGUGGUGCUGAUGAGGAAGAUGAUGAGGAUGAAGAUGACAGUGACUUCGAUAUGGAAAACGACGAUGAUGAAGAAGAUGCAGAAGGAGAGGAAGAUGAAAAUGAUGAAGACGACGAUGAAGAUGAUGAUGAAGAAGAGGAAGAUGAUGAGGAGGAGGAAGAUGAAUCCGAAGACGAAGAAGUUCAACAACCUAAAGCUAAACAGGCUAAAUUGGAAAAACCAGAAAAACAACAAAAUGGCGUAGCUAAACAAAAAGAACAACAAGCUGAAAAGAAAUCGAAGAAGGAAUUGAAAAAGGAAAAACAACAACAACAGCAACAAAAGGCCCAGCAACCAGAAAAACCAAAAGCUGGUGGUGAACGUGUGUUGUCUGGUGGCGUCAAAGUUGUUGAUUUACGUGUUGGUAGCGGCCCUGAAGCCAAACCUGGCAAGCGCACCCAAGUUUUCUACGAAGGACGUUUGUUAUCUAAUAACAAAGUUUUCGAUAGCCUAAAAUCUGGAGCUGGUUUUAAAUUCACUUUGGGACGUGGUGAAGUCAUUAAGGGUUGGGAUGUCGGUGUAAUCGGCAUGAAGGUUGGAGGCAAACGUCGCAUUACUUGUCCUCCUCAUAUGGCCUAUGGCUCUCGUGGAUCUCCACCAGCUAUUCCACCAAACAGUACAUUAGUUUUUGAGGUGGAACUCAAGGGUAUCAACUAAAAGUUGUUCAAACUUUGGAAAAA